GGUGCGCCGAGCUAAGCGAGCGGGCCCGGGACGAGCUCGGGCUCCGGCUGCCUCGCGCUUCCCCGGCUCCUUCCCGCUGCCCCCCGGGGGUUGCGCGCCCACAAUGCCGCAGGGCCCCGGCUCGCUACUUCUGCUAGUCCUCGCCUCGCACUGUUGCCUGCACUCGGUGCGGGGGCUCUUUCUCUUCGGCCAGCCCGAUUUCUCUUAUAAGCGCAGCAAUUGCAAGCCCAUCCCGGCUAACCUGCAGCUGUGCCAUGGCAUCGAGUACCAAAACAUGCGGCUGCCCAACCUGCUGGGCCACGAGACUAUGAAGGAGGUGCUGGAACAGGCGGGAGCCUGGAUCCCGCUAGUCAUGAAGCAGUGCCACCCGGACACCAAGAAGUUCCUGUGCUCGCUUUUCGCCCCCGUCUGCCUAGACGACCUGGACGAGACCAUUCAGCCGUGCCACUCGCUCUGCGUGCAGGUGAAAGACCGCUGCGCCCCUGUCAUGUCCGCCUUCGGCUUCCCCUGGCCCGACAUGCUCGAGUGCGACCGCUUUCCCCAGGACAACGACCUCUGCAUCCCUCUCGCCAGCAGCGACCACCUCCUUCCGGCCACCGAAGAAGCUCCAAAGGUGUGUGAAGCCUGCAAAAAUAAAAAUGAUGAUGACAACGACAUAAUGGAAACUCUUUGUAAAAAUGAUUUUGCACUGAAAAUAAAAGUGAAGGAGAUAACUUACAUCAACCGAGAUACCAAAAUUAUCCUGGAGACCAAGAGCAAGACCAUUUACAAGCUGAACGGCGUGUCCGAAAGGGACCUGAAGAAAUCGGUGCUGUGGCUCAAAGACAGCUUGCAGUGUACCUGUGAGGAAAUGAAUGACAUCAACGCUCCCUAUCUGGUCAUGGGACAGAAGCAAGGUGGGGAGUUAGUGAUCACUUCGGUGAAGCGGUGGCAGAAGGGGCAGAGAGAGUUCAAGCGCAUCUCUCGCAGCAUCCGCAAGCUGCAGUGCUAGUUCUGGUGCCCAGGUUGCUCCUGACCAACCGGCUCCAGAGCUCAGCUGACCAUUACCAUUCCGGGACUCAGCUCUCAUUCCCAAGCAUAGUCCCUGAGGCUCCGGCCCCAGCCUGGAGCUCUCCCCCUUGCCUUUUGCACGUUUGCACCCCCCAGCAUCUCCUGAGUUAUAAAACCCCAGGGAUGGAUAGCUGUUUUCACCUAAAGAAAAACUUGCCCAAAUCUUGUAGACACAUUCAAACUAAUAAAAUCAUGAGUAUUUUUUAUGA